UCUGCGUCACAUGAUAGGGUUCAGCUUGCCUGAUUGGGAAAAAUGGCUGCAUUCUUACAGUGGCGAAGAUUCGUGUUUUUCGAUAAGGAGACAGUGAAGGAUCCAGCAGACAAUGGGAAAAACUUUGUCGUCCCCGUGGGCAUAUCGGCCUGCGAUUCGGGUCGGGGUCAUAUCGUACUGGGAGAUAUGGAAGGUCAGAUAUGGUUCCUGACCCGCUCUCUGCAGUUGACUUCCUUUCAGGCCUACAAACUACGGGUCACACACCUCUACCAGCUGAAGCAACACAGCAUUCUGGUAUCCGUAGGUCAGGAUGAGCAGGGAAUUAAUCCACUGGUCAAGGUGUGGAACCUGGACAAGCGGGACAGUGGGAAUCCUCUUUGCACUAGGAUCUUCCCUGCCAUCCCGGGAAACAAGCCCACAGAGGUGUCUUGCCUCAGUGUGCACGAGAACCUCAAUUUCAUGGCCAUCGGGUUUACAGAUGGAAGUGUGGUACUGACCAAGGGUGACAUCACCAGAGACAGGCACAGUAAAACCCUCACUCUGCACGAGGGCACAUGCCCAAUCACGGGGCUCUCCUUUCGCCAGGGAGGCAAGCUCACCCACCUCUUUGUCGCCACCUUGGAGAAAGUGCAGUGCUACACCCUAUCGGUGAAGGAGUACCCUCGGCUGGAGCUGGACACACACGGCUGCGGCCUGCGCUGCUCUGCGCUCACGGACCCUUCCCAGGAUUCCCAGUUCAUCGUUGCGGGAGACGACUGCGUGUACCUGUACCAGCCUGACGAGCGCGGGUCCUGCUUUGCCUUCGAAGGCCGCAAGCUUCUGGCACACUGGCACCGGGGCUAUCUUCUCUUGCUCACACGCGACACAAAGUCGCCCAACAAGUCUGACUUUCGCAGUGGAGAGGCCUCUCCCUCAGAACGCCAGAUCCUGACCAUCUAUGACCUGGACAACAAGUUCAUCGCCUACAGCGCCGCGUUCGACGACGUCAUCGACGUGCUGGCUGAGUGGGGUUCCUUCUACAUCCUGACGCGUGACGGAAAGAUGUCCGUGCUGCAGGAGAAGGACACGCAGACCAAGCUGGAGAUGCUCUUCAAGAAGAAUCUUUUCGUGAUGGCCAUCAAUUUGGCCAAAAGCCAGCACCUUGACAGUGACGGGCUGUCCGAGAUCUUCCGCCAGUACGGGGACCACCUGUACGUCAAGGGGGACCACGAUGGGGCCGUCCAGCAGUACAUUCGCACCAUUGGGAAGUUGGAGCCAUCCUACGUGAUCCGCAAGUUCCUGGAUGCCCAGAGGAUCCACAACCUAACGGCGUACCUGCAGGCCCUGCACAGGCAGUCGCUGGCCAACGCAGAUCACACCACACUCCUGCUCAACUGCUACACUAAGCUGAAAGACAGUUCCAAACUGGAAGAGUUCAUCAAGAGCAGUGAGAGCGAGGUCCAUUUCGAUGUGGAGAUCGCCAUCAAGGUUCUCCGACAAGCUGGGUACCACAGCCACGCUGUUUUCCUGGCAGAGAGACACACGCACCACGAGUGGUACCUCAAGAUACAACUGGAGGAUCUCAAGAACUACCAGGAGGCCCUGAGGUACAUUAGCCGGCUGCCCUUUGAACAGGCGGAAAGCAACAUGAAGCGUUAUGGCAAGACCCUGAUGCACCACGUUCCCGACGGCACCACACUUCUGCUGAAAGCCCUGUGUACGGACUACCAGCCAAGUCGCGACUCCACCGACCGGGACAGUCUGGACAAGGGAACCACAAACAAGGCCAAUUCAGAGGAGUUCAUCCCCAUCUUUGCCAACAACCCCCGUGAGCUACGGGCCUUCCUGGAGCACAUGAUCCAGGUGGAGCCCAUGUCCCCAGCGGGCGUGUACGACACCCUUCUGGAGCUUCGGCUGCAAGACUGGGCACACGAGCAGGACUCUGAGAAGAAGAAGAUUCUUCAGGAGGCGGCGUUGUUUCUGUUGACGAGGGACAAUACGGUCUUUGACAAGGCACUCGUUCUGUGCCAGAUGCACAACUUUAAGGAGGGGGUGCUGUACCUGUAUGAGAAGGGAAAGCUGUAUCAGCAGAUAAUGCACUACCACAUGCAGAACGAGGAGUACGGGAAGGUAGUGGAGGCCUGCAAGCGCUAUGGAAACCAGGAGGCGUGCCUGUGGGAACAAGCCCUGGGGUACUUCGCCCGUAAAGAAGAGGACUGCAAGGCCUACAUCAGUGAGGUGCUGGAGCACAUCGACCAGAACAACUUGAUGCCUCCUCUGUUAGUGGUGCAGACGCUGGCUCACAAUUCGACAGCAACGCUGUCGGUCAUCAAGGACUACCUCAUCAACAAGCUGCAAAGGGAGAGCCAGCAGAUCGACGAUGACGAGCGCAAGAUCCGGCAGUACCGAGAGGAGACAGCCCAGCUCCGCUCGGAAAUCCAGGAGCUCCGGACCAGUGCUAAGAUUUUCCAGAAGACCAAGUGCAGCAUGUGCAACAGCCCCUUGGAGCUGCCGUCGGUGCACUUCCUGUGCAGUCACUCCUUCCAUCAGCACUGCUUCGAGAGCUACGCCGAGAGCGACGCCGAGUGCCCCACCUGCACCCCCGAGAACCGCAAGGUCAUGGACAUGCUCCGCGCCCAGGACCAGAAACGCGACCUGCAUGACCACUUCACCCGACAGCUGCGGUGCUCCAAUGACGGCUUCUCGGUGGUAGCCGACUAUUUCGGCCGAGGGGUUUUCAACAAACUGACCCUGAUCACCGACCCCCCUGGGGGCACGACCGGGGCGGGGAUCCUGGAGGCGGACCUGCAGAGAGACCUGCUGAUCCACACAAAGAGAAACGCCUGAGAAACCCGUCAGAUGCACCGCCUGCGCUGCAUCUCCUCACUGUGCAACACCCAAUCAGUGUGUCCUUCAGUGAGCUUCACAUUACAGCCAAUAACAACUCGAGAUUAGCUUGGGCAAACAUACCCAGUGAAAGAGCCUGGCUCACUGUGAGCCUGCCCUGCAGAUCUGAACGAAAUGUUGACUUGCCUAGAGGAGACACCUGGGAAGAUGGCUGUUUUACAAUUAAAUUGAAUGAAAAGUGGUUGCCGGAGGAAAAGACCACUAUUGCACAAGCCCUUGUGUUCUGCAAGCAUGCGCUGUUAUAGUACCGUGUGCAGUUGUGCUGUCCGCUUCUUUACAAGGCAGUGGGAUUUUUGGGAAGGGUUGCAGAACUGUGAGCUUAACAUAUUAAUGUAUAUAAAACACCUUUGAGCUGUGACCUAAAGCUUAAAAGAAAAAUGUCUUAAACACAAUGUAGUAUUUAUAGGUUUGUCAUAUUUCUGCUAGACUAACUUAGUUUAUAUCUGUUUAAGGACGUAUAUACAGUGUUGUAUAUACAGAGUUACUCAAAUGAGUGGCACUUCAGACAAUGAUGAAGAAUUACCAAUUUUGUAUCCGGUUGCUUUGCAUAAUUCUGAAAAAAAUGCAGUCUGUAUCUUUAUGUAUGGAAAAGACCAGCUUGAGUGUUUCUGAGAUACAAUAUUUAAGUAAAUUGACUGCAUGAAACUGGUUAAAUCAGUAAACAAAAGAGAAGCACUAUGUUUCAGUAGUUUUAUCACUAAAGGUGCAAUGUAAAGGAGCAAGUAAUUCACAAAAUAUUUCCUCUGGUUGUGUUUUCAGUAAUAACAAACUGAUUACUGUGUUGCCAUCUCCAAGCACCGGAUUGGAAUUGGCCACAUUUGCAAUGAAUUUGUUAAACCCAGUUGUGUUGUGAACAGGCUUUUACGUGUACAUGAGUUGAGAUGAAGUUACUGUCUUACUAAAACAACUGUUUGCUCUGUGGCCACAUGGUUAAUACUACACUUGUAUGAAAUUGAAUGUGAAAGGAGAAAGUUAAAUGUCUUAUUAAAUUCUCUUGACAGUGUU